AUGGGAAAAAUAAAGAAGAGAAAAAUUGGACAUAUGAUGAAGAAGCUCGAAUAUCAUAUGAUAUCACAAAUUUUAUUUGGGUUUCAUUUGAGAUUAUUUUUAAAUACAGUUUAUAAUAAGCCAUGGGAAUGGGAUAAAUAUCAUAUAUAUUUUUGUAUCCUUAUUAUAUAUAUAUCUAUUAUAGUUAUAUAUGUUCUUAAAAUGUAUUUUUUAUUCUAUAAAUUAGAUUUAAAGAAUUUCCCUGCUGAUAAAAUUAAUGUUCAACCUCCAGUCAAAAAUACUAAAAAUGUUCAUCCUUAUGCUGCUUUCGAACGUCUAGAUUUAGUUAAUAUGAGUAUUUUCAAGUUGAUGUAUGGAGCCACUUUUGUUGCACCUUGGAAAGUGGUCUUAGUGAUGCUUCUUGCCAUUUUUAAUUUAUCAAUAACCACAUUUAUUUCACUGUUCAGUAAUAAAGGAAAUGACACCGAAGAAAAUGUCACUGUAAUAAAAAUAUACUCAAUCAUUUUGAAAAGAGUGUGCAGAAUUCUUUUAUGGUUGAUGGGAGUAAAUAGAAUAGAAAAUCAGCAUUUAUGUGAUAAUGAAUGGCCCAAAAAUAUAGUAUCAAAUCAUGUAUCAGCAUUAGAUCCACUUUAUUUUAUUCAAGAACAUGCGUGUAGUUUUGUUGCAAAAAGAUCAAUACGCGAUGAUUUUUUUAUUGGGUUAAGUAUUAGAGUUUUAAAAUGUGUGUGUGUGCAACGAGAAACAGCUGAAGAUAGAAAAGCCGCAUUAGAUAAUAUACGAGAAAGACAAUUAGCUGUUAAUAAAAAAGAUUCUAAUUAUCCAUCAUUUGUUAUAUUCUCAGAAGGUACUACAACUAAUGGUAAACAACUUAUAUCCCUAAAAAAAGGGGCAUUUAACGCAUUACUUCCAAUAACCCCAGUUUUGAUUGUAUAUAAAUACGACUUCUUAAACCCAGCAUAUGAUAGCAUACCAUAUGAUUGGUGGGUUAUCUUAAUGCUUUGCACUUUUCAGUCAAUCAGCCUAAAGGCAUAUUGGCUUCCCAAGGUGCAUCCACCAAGCAAAGAGAAAUACCCAGAUUUAACGACAGAAGAACUAAUAGAUAUGUUUCAUGACGAAGUAUCAAAAAUUAUGUUUCAAAGCAUGAAAAAAUACAAUCCUAAGGCACCUCAAGAUAUAGAUGAUUAUAAGGAUUGGCCAGGAUCCUUACGAAUGAAAUUUGCUUUUUAUAAAUAUGCUUUAGGAUCAUUGACGGACGAAUUUUUCAAAAAUGAAAGCAAACCAUCCCAAGUUUCCUGA